GUAUUAGAUACUGGUUAAUUCUCACAAUUGUUUUAAAAUCUAUACAAACACAUGCUUUUGAUACAGAAAGUUGAUACCGAAGUCCGGAAUCAGAAGAUGAAAACAGGCAAUCAUACAGCUUGUAAUGCACGAUUGUUAUAUUUUACAGCAUCUCAGUAAUCAAUACGUCAGCCAUACUGUGCACACACCUAAAGAGGCACUGAUAAACAACCAUGGAGCAUCAGCCUGAUGGAAAUGUGUUAUUUGAGGCUCUGGAGCACUGUGACUGGCAAGAAGCAAGACGUGUCUGUGAAGAACAUCCCAACCUUAUUAACACUUACAGCAGCUGGAUUGUGUAUAAGGAAACACCAUUAUUACAUGCUAUGACACAACAACCCCCUGCACCAGAAGACUUGAUGCUACUGAUGGUUGAAAAAGCUACAGUAGGGAAUAUAGAAUAUGAAAACUGGUUGGGUGAAACUAUUAUCAGUUUUUUGGCAAAGCAUAUGUAUACAUCAGCAUUGAGAUGUGCAUUGGAAAAGUCUGCAAGCAAAAUAAACACAGGAGACAAUUAUGUUGUAGUAUUCAAUGGUCCUAUCGUUUCUGGACUAACACCACUACAUUGCUGUCUACAUGCUAAGGGUACUUAUGAUGAACAGCGAGAAACGGCAUUGUGCUUGAUAAAAUAUGGUGCCUCAGUCUACAAGAAAGAUGAUAAAGGGAGUACACCUCUUGAUAAUUAUAAUCGUAAUGAAUGUAUUAAAUAUGAAGUAUCAACAAGGAAGGAAAAGAAAGAUGAACUUAAAAAAUUGCUUAUAGAGCUAUCAGUUCCAGGAGAAAUAUUAGCGAGAGGUCCUGAAGCCAUUAAAGCAUUCACAUAUGAAGUCCAGAAUGGGGAAAUUAUGAUGGUUAAUUCCAGAGUCAUGUUCCUUGGGAAAGAAGGGGUGGGCAAAACGAGUUGUGUCCGUUCCAUGCUUGGCAAAGUAUUUUACAACAAUGAACCAUCAACAGAUGGUAUUGUAACAACAACAGUAUUUCAAACGGUUAAUGGAGAUUGCAGCGAAUGGAAGGAACAGAAGGAUGUGGAUGUUUGUGAACUAAGCAAGCAGAUACGUGAGCACGCCAUCGCAGAAAAUCUCGCCAAAAAGCUGAAACAGCCAAAAAGCCAACAAAACACAACUAAUUCUGCAUCAUCUAGUUCUACAGCCUCUUCAUCGAAGCCAUCAGAAGCAACUAGAAGUGCAAGCUAUACCAGACUCCCAGAAGGAAUUCAUGAGAAACUUGUUGCUAAACUUGCUGUACCUGGCACUUUCCAUCCUCCCACCCUAUUUGGCCAACGACGUCGAAGAUCCAGAUUUGGUACAACAGCAGAUGUACCUAGCAGAAAUCCUAAUCAACAACACAAAGAGAGUUUUAUACCAAGUGAUGUCGCAUGCAUUUGGGACUAUGCCGGUCAACUGACCUAUUAUAUAUCUCACAGGUUUUUCUUGACAGAUGGAUCAUCUUACUGUGUUGUGUUUAGUGUGUUAGAUGAUUUGGAUGCUCUAGCAAACCCAAGAGAUUUCUUACAAGGACAAUUUGAAAUGACAAAUCUUCAGAUGAAUGUAUUUUGGAUGCGGUCGAUAUACGAACAUGCUGUACUACCCUAUCCUGGAAGGACACGGAAGUUGAUCAAUGGCAUAUCAUCACCCACGAUUAGUUUAGUUGCCACACAUAAAGACAAACUAUUGGGGAAUGAGUCAGAAAAGGACAAGUUGAUCACAACCAAGUUCAAAAGAAUAUUUGAUGAAGUCAAAGGAACACCAUUUGAAAGGCAUGUAGAUCGUGAGAUGUAUGUUGUAGAUAACACUGUGCGUAUGGAUAAAGGGAUUGAGAAAUUGAAGAAGAAUAUCGGAGGAUAUAUGAAGGCAACGGCUAAACCUAUUCCCACUACCUGGGUGGAUUUCCAGUCAAAAGUACAAGACGUUGGAAAAACAAGACUUCGUGUUUCCUUAGAUGAGGUUGCAGAAAUUGCAUCUGAAUGUGGAAUUUCCAAAACAACGCUCAACACUGUCCUCGAUUAUCUAAACGACACUGGAAUAAUUCUGUACUCUAAGACUAAUGAGAAGUUAAAGUACACGGUUAUUACGAACUUACGCAUGAUGAUCGAUCUCUUGACAAAAAUCAUCACAGUAGUGAAACCAGAUGAUAUUGACAAGUUGCCUACACUGAUGCAUUUAUGGAAUAAACUCGACAGUGAGGGAAUUCUACAAGAAAAGUUGCUACGUCAUUUGUGGAGACGCGAGAUAAAGAAAGAUGCCAGCAGCUUUGAGGUAUUUCUUGAACUGCUGAAGAUGUUUGGGUUACUGUUUGAGAAGCAAAAGGGAUCUCAGCCUGGUAACCGAAUGUUCCUGGUUCCCACUCGGAUGCAAAUCAAUAAAGAGGGCUUGGAAGUUAAGGAAGAUGAGCAGCAAAUGAUAUCGAUUUAUGUGACUCCUAUCGACUUCCUACCGGAUGCUGUCUACAAUUUGCUGGUGGUUUCGUUUUUAGACUUGAUGAAUGACAAAGGUAGGAGUGGUAAUAAUGUGGAAUUGUUUCGGAAUCGUAGUGAUUUUGACUUAGAUGAUGAUCAUGUGGUGAGUCUAGGAGCAGUCGAAAUCAAGAACAGACAUGCAUUGAAGAUUGAAAUAUCACAAAGGAUAAGAGUUGAUGAACAUGGCAAAGAAGAAACUCUCGAACCACAUUCUAGCAUCUGCAUGGAGGUAUUAAGUUACCUCCGACAGCAAUUGAAAACUGUGUAUGUUACUACAGAAGGAGUCGGCUAUGAGUUACGUGUCCUUUGUCAUGCCUGUGAUCCUACGCUGCGACCGCUGCAUAAACUUGAGGAAUGUUUGAAAAAAGAUAGUGUGCCAUGUGGAAAAAGAAAGUCAGUUGCAACGACUCGUAUCAGACGACUCUUUUCAACAGGUUUGUAUAAGAAUAUAACUUGUUUAUGA